AUGGGGGACCCCCAGAAUGGGAGCCCAUCGGUGGGGAGCCUUUCAAUGGAGGCUGCCGAUGCUGACUCCCCCGCGAUGGACGCCAACGUGGGCUCCCCCACAGUAAUGAGCUUCAACAUGGAAACAAAAAACAACAUCAAGUACGCAGGAAUCUGCAUCUAUAACAUGAAUACGAAUGAGUUCUCCCUAUGCGAAUACAUCGAAAAUGAACACUUCACCAUUUUAGAAUCUAUGCUGAUACAGUGCAGACCGACAUGCUUCCUAUAUCUCUCAAGUAAUGAUAAACUGGACGACAAAAGGAUAAAACUAAUUCUAAGUUUAUGUGAAAUUAAAUAUCGUGAGUUAGGAAAGAAUGAUUUUUACAACACGUAUUCGAUGGAAAAUGAUUUGAGUAAGUUACUAAAACCAACAGAAGAUGUGAAGAAUUGCAUCUCCUUUUUUAAGUUGCAGUUGGCUUGUCGGUCAUUCAAUAGCAUCGUCAAAUAUAUGAAGCUCCUUAAUGACUAUAGUGCCACAAAUAAAUGUGUACUAACAAACUACAACAUAAAUCGAUACCUAAAACUGGACAUGGCAGCUACCAUCGCGUUGAAUGUUCAUGCGGAGCAUAUGUUGGGAGAGAAGAAAACCAAAUGCAGCAGAGGUAGCAACUUAACUCUUUUCACCUUUUUAAACAAAUGCAAAACGAAGAUUGGGGAACGGAAGCUUCUUCAAUGGGUGAUGCAUCCCAUAAGGGACGAAGCUAAAAUUAAUGAGAGACUAGACAUGGUCAGCAUAUUAAAAGAAGAUGGAGUGAUGAGGUCCAUGAUACAAUCGGAUUAUCUUCGAAAGAUUAGCGAUCUGGAUGUUAUAAUUAAAAAGUUAAAAAUUGUUAACAGUGCCACGGUAGAGGGGGAAGAAGUGGAUGGCGCGCGCAAAAUGGGUGGUGGCCAAAUGGGUGGUAGCAAAAUAGGGGGGGGAAAAAACGCGUGCAGUUUAGAAGACUUGGUUAAAAUGUACGACUCGGUGGUGGUGUCGAAAAGGAUCUACUACUGCCUAAAUGAUUACGAAGGAAAGUACAGAAAUACGUUGGAAAAAAAAUUUCUCAUGCCACUGAAGGAGGUACUCAUCAGCCUGGACUCUUUCGUAAAGCUAAUCGAACUGACGGUAGAUUUCGACGAGUUAUGCAACAACAACUUUUUAAUAUCUCGUAAAUUUGACGAACAACUAGAAAAGCUAGCUAGCGAAAAGGACCAAAUACUACAAAUGAUAAAGCACCACAGACAAGAAGUAGAAGACGAUAUUAAUUAUCUCAAAGGAGUUACCAAAAAGAAUAAUGCAAAGAAUGCAAAGGAAGAUAUAAAAUUAGUCGAUUGUAAUGUGAAUACGUUUCUAUUUAGAGCUGUUAAGAAGGAUAUGUCUUCAAUUCAGCAGAGAAAAAAAACGUACUUCCAAAUGAGGAUGAAUAAAAGUGAAAUACUUUUUACUACUAACAAGCUGAAGGAUCUGUGCAAAAGGUAUGAUUACAUACUGCAAGAUUAUAACUUAUCACAGGAACAGCUAGCUAGUAAGGCCAUCCAGGUAGCUUCAUCCUACUGGGAACCCACGACAAAAUUGGCGAAACUGAUUGCACAGAUUGACGUACUUUGUGCAUUCGCCUUUAUCAGUGCUUCUAGUUUAUCCGUUUAUGUUAGACCUAUUGUAGAGACUAAUGGGCAGGUACUACACCUUAUAGAAUCAAGACACCCCCUCGUGGAGUCCAAUUUUUUGUUAAUGAAUAAUUUUAUCCCAAACGAUGUACAUAUGAAUAAGACAGACAAACGGUUGAACAUUAUAACGGGUCCAAAUAUGGGGGGUAAAAGUACCUACAUAAGGCAAAUAGCUUUGAUAUGCUUAAUGGCGCAAAUUGGGUGCUUCGUCCCUUGCACCUAUGCUAAAAUGCCAAUUUUUUCUCAAAUUAUGUGUCGAGUGGGUUCGUCCGAUAUUCAACUUAAAGGCAUAUCGACUUUCUUUUCCGAGAUGAUAGAAAUUUCAGCCAUUAUCAAAAAUGCAGAUGAGAAUACCCUUGUCAUUAUAGACGAAUUGGGAAGAGGUACCUCCACUUAUGAAGGGUUUGGAAUCAGCUGGGCUGUGGCUCAGUACAUUCUUAACAAAAUAAAAUGCUUCUGUUUAUUUGCUACUCACUUCCACGAAAUGUCCAAUCUGGAAGAAGAAUACCAAGGGGCUACUAACAACCAUAUUUCCUUCCUUUACGAGAUUAGGAAAGGCUAUGCUGAUAAGAGCUACGGAGUACACGUGGCUCAGAUAGCCAAGCUGCCACAAAACGUUAUCGACAAGGCCUUUGAAAAAUCCAAGGAGUUAGAGUCUGUUGAAAAUAGGCACUACUUUCGAACCAAGCUCACGGGAACUAAUCAGGACGAUGUGCACAAGACGGACGCGCAAAAAAAAACACACGAUUUGUUGCAAGGCAUUUUUUCCGCCACAGAUGAGGAGCGGUUCAUUUCGCACGUCGGGCAGAAGGAAGCUGCGCUGAGGGAGGUGCUUCACGAGAUGUAG